CGCAGGCACGCACGCACGCACGCACGCACAGACACGCACACUCAUUCUCAUCUGGUGUGUGUGAGCUGUGUUACCUAUACUGGCUGCGCUUCUUUGAAACUCAUCAAGUAUUGCAGGUUAACACACACUUUACUCUCCAUCAGUUUCUAGCUCUGACUGUGCCUGGAAACUGGGUAAAGGUGUACUCGUGUGUGUGUGUGUGUGUGUGUGUGUGUGUGUGUGUGUGUGUGUGUGUGUGUGUGUGUUUCCGUUUCCUCCUAACUCUGAUGCCUACUCUCUGCUUGUCUAUGUGUGUGUGUGUGUGUGUGUGUGUGUGUAUGCGCGCAUGUGUGUGUGCGUGCAUGUGUGUGUGUGCGUGUGUGUUUCCGUUUCCUCCUAACUCUGAUGCCUACUCUCUGCUUGUCUAACUCCUGUGUCUCCUCCCCUUUCAUGCUGAUGGAUAGCAUUCGCUCGCUACAUCAUUCCGCUAGCAUGCCGGCGAUGAGGAACACGCCCACCUUCAAGUCGUUCGAAGAGAGAGUGGAAACUCUAAAGGUAGGCGCUGACACCAAGGUAACCCCGACGCCGUCGCCUGGCAACAUCGAAGAGGUCAUGAACUCCACUGCCAACUCGGAGCCAAUAGAGAAGCAGCCAGAGGCCACGCCCCUGCCAGGGGAGGAUCCACACUUAGACUCCUCCCCCUGAUUCUCCCUUUACCCAGCAUCCCUGCCCUCUCAAUCCCACCCCACCCCCAUCUUUGCUGUUUCAACCAAACUCCUGCCCCACCCAGCUAAACUACCCUACACCCAGCUGAACUACCCUACACCCCCACCCAGCUGAACUACCCUACACCCAGCUGAACUACCCAGCUGAGCUACCCUACACCCAGCUGAACUACCCUACACCCAGCUGAACUACCCAGCUGAACUACCCUACACCCAGCUAAACUACCCUACACCCAGCUGAACUACCCAGCUGAACUACCCUACACCCAGCUGAACUACCCAGCUAAACUACCCUACACCCAGCUGAACUACCCUACACCCCCAACCUCCGUUCCCUUCAGCCUUAUACCACUCUGCCUAAACUAAACACACAAGCCAAAUGCCCCCCCCCCCCCCCCACACACACACACUCACACAACUGCCCUCAGUACACCCAACCCAUCAUAGCCCAACCCUCAUAACCUCACCCUCUCAGUCCAGCAGCCCCUACCUACAGCAGCUCCUCAUACCCCAACCCCCUCAUAGCCCAACCCUCAUAACCUCACCCCCUCAGUCCAGCAGCCCCUAAAGCCCCAGACUGCACAUUCAGCUCUUUCUCUUCACCAAUGGGUUGGUUUGAGGUCAGAUGUGAGUGUGUGGUUAGAGAAACUCACUUGUAUGCAAAUGUGUGUGUGUGUGUGUGUGUGUGUGUGUGUGUUGCACUCAUCUUAGUUCCUAAAUCAGGCCUUCUGUGUCUGAAUGAGGAUACGUCACACACUGGCAUUCUGCUGCCCUCUCUGUCCAUCUGUAAGCCCCCCUCACCUGCACGAGAGUCUCACCUGAUCCACACCUCCUCACUUACAUGCCUGAACACACAUACGCACACACACACACGCACGCACACACAUUCACACACUCACAUACACACACACACACACACACACACACACACACACACACACACACACUGCAAAGCCACACAGACAUGAAUGACCCAAGAAUGACCCAUACAGAGACACAAUAAGUUCCCAGUUUAUUGGAUUUGUUGUGUUUAUUCAUUUGAUGGUUCAUUUGUUUAUUUGUUUACUUGUUUGUUUGUUUGGGCGGGUGUAAGGCAGCUCUAGAGAGGGGGAGUGCUGCUGCUGACCAAAUGACCAACUGGAGGAGAGUCGUGUAGUUCCUGCAUGUGUAGCCUUGAGCAGCCGCCAGGAGACAGCCCCUCUCUAAUAACCGCUAGCUGCCCCUCAUGCUAACUAGCUACCUACUGACCGUACUCCAUUACCCAGCAUGCCUGUGGGGGCACCCGGGCAUACAAAUCUUAUGUAAAGUGUAUAAUGAUGCUUCUAUAGGAGGAUUGCUGUGUAUGUGUGGUUAACGUGGAUACUAAAGUCAAUGUAAGUGGGGUUUGAGUUUAUCAUUAACAGGCUAAUGGCUAACAGCUAAUAGCUAAUAUUUUGUAUAGAAGCAGACUAAGACGCUAGUGUUUAGAAACAUCAGUUAUUUAGGUCUCUUAUCAAAUGAUUUUUCUUUUUGUACAUUCAACACUGCGUGCAACUUCUUAAUGGUUAAUGAAAUUUGUGCAAACAUUCCAGGCAUGGCAAAGUUUAACUAGAGAGGGAGAGAAUGAGAGAGUGAGUGAGAGAGAGGGAGGGAGGGAGAAAGAGAGAAUGAGAGAGGGAAGGAGAGAAAGAGAGAGAGGAGGGAGAAUGAGAGAGGGAAGGAGAGAGAGAGGGAGGGAGAGAAUGAGAGAGGGAGAGAGAAAUAGAAAGAAUGAAAAAGGGCAAGACACAGAAAGCCAGAGAAAGAAAAAAAACGAGAUACCUGGAAAUCUAGAAGAAAACCAAACUGAAAGUUGUUUAUCUGAUGUAAAUUGUUUAUCUGAUAACCAAGGAGGUUAUUUGGUCAUUUGAUUCGGAAGUGCUGAAUCAAUAUCCACACGGUCCUGUUAUGUGUUGACUGGCAUUUAAUAGCUGAAAUAAACAUAUUCUGUGUUUUAACAGCGUCAA